GAAAGUCACUCAAAAGACAUCCUCCUCCCCACUACUCUUAUUUAACUCCCACACCAUCACUUUGUGUUCCACAUUACCAGCCCAGCUUCACAAUGAAUGCUGCAACUCUCUCACUGGUGUUCUUGAUCAUCUUUGGAGUGACUGUGAUGUUUUGUGAAGGAAGGAUAGGAGGAACAACAGAGCGUUGUUUAUGCCAAAAAACAAACCUGCAAAAAAGAGUAAAGCCUGUAUUUGUGGAGAAGAUUGAGGUUUUCUCUCCAAGCGCCUCCUGUACAUACACUGACAUUAUAAUCACUUUGAAAAACAGACGAAAGUUCUGUCUGGAUCCAAAUGGAAAGCAAGGCCAAUGGAUUUUGAGUGGACAGGAGCUAAAGGAAAAGGCCAAGGGACAAAGAGGCAAGAAGCAGAAGAACAAGCGGCAAGGCUAAAAUGUACAGCUAAUCACUGCUAAUAGCUAACAGUCUGUUACUGUUUCAUAUAGGAUUAGCAAGUAAAACGUGACAAUCAGGUAUACAGUAUAACUCUUCAAUUUUGAAUAUAUAUAACUGCUUCAAACACCAACACUGUAAUCUUCUACAACUGACAGUUCGGUCUUUCAAAAAGAGGAUAAAUGAGUUUGUGUGAUCCUGAGUUUUAGCAAAGUGUAAAUAAAAUGUCUCCAACCUGUUCUUCAA